GUUCAAACGAGGAUGACUGCCGGUGCUGCCUCUGCUGAUGGCGCGGACAGUGAUCGCCUGGAGAAGCGGCGAUUGGACGACGACGAGGACGAGGACGACGACGACGAGGACGAGGACAACGACGACGAGAAGGACAAGAACAGCGGCAGCAAUAGCAACAGUGACAGCGAGAAGAAGAGCAGCAAGAGCGGCAAGAGCAGCAAGAAGGCGUCCUCCACGGCCGGACCCACGGUCGUCAGCGGGUCUCUCGCAGCGGACGCGACAGUCAGGUCGGGGUACGCUACAAUCCAGGAUUCCGUGGACGCCGCUCCCGGCUGGCAGCGUUUCGUGAUCUUCAUCCCGGCUGGCAUGUACAACGAGCGCGUGCUCAUCAAGACGACGGACAUCGUGCUGAUAGGGGCUGGUGCUGACAAGACGAUUAUCACGGGUGAUGCUAGCUACAGCAGCGGCUACGGCACGUUCGAUUCGGCCUACAGUGGGCGUGGAUAGCGACAAGUUCGUUGCAUUUGGGAUCAAGUUUGUCAACACGGCUGGCCCAGAGAACCACAAGGCCAUGGCAUUCCGCGCCACGGGCGACCAAACCGCACUCUUCGACUGCGCGUUCGACAGGUCGCAA